GAUGGAAACAUGGUUUGUGAUCGUGGUCUCCCUCUGCAUCUCAUACCUCCUUAAAUCAAUAUUCAGCCUUGUGUUCCGUGAUGGCACAACCACCAGAAAACUCACAGCCACCGCCACUCUCCCUCCUGGACCCAUCAACUUGCCCAUCAUCGGCAACAUCUUUUGGCUCCGCAAAUCUUUCAGCGAGCUCGAGCCCAUCCUCCGCAACCUCCAUGCCAAGUACGGGCCCAUCGUCACCCUCCAUAUCGGGCCCCGACCUGCCAUCUUUAUCCGCAGUCGUUUCCUUGCCCACCAAGCCUUGGUCCAAAACGGCGCCGUCUUUGCCGACCGCCCACCAGCCCUCGCCACCAGUAAGAUUAUCUCCAGCAAUCAGCACAACAUCAGCUCCGCCUUCUACGGCUCCACUUGGCGCCUCCUCCGCCGCAACCUCACCUCCGAAAUCCUCAGCCCUCUGCGCGUUAAGUCAUAUUCUCGUGCCCGCAAGUGGGUGUUAGAAAUCCUAGUAAGUUCCCUCCAAUCCAAAUCCAAAUCCAAAUCCCAGACAGAGCCAGAGCCAGAGGCAGUCCUUGUCAAAGACCAUUUACAGUAUGCCAUGUUCUGCUUGUUGACGUUGAUGUGUUUUGGCGACAAGCUUGACGAGAAACAGAUCAAAGAAAUCGAGGCCGCCCAGCGUCGGAUGCUGUUGGCCUUUGGACGCUUUAAUUUACUCAACUUCUGGCCAAGAUUGACAAAGAUUUUGUUUCGAAAGCGGUGGCAGCAGUUCUUGCAUCUCCGCGAAGAGCAAGAAAGGAUUUUAGUCCCCCUAAUAAAUGCGCGAAAGACGAAGCUCCAGAGCAAGGUCGACCAAUCGGAUAACAAAGCGUCGGAGGAGGAGGGGGAGGAAUUCGUGGUAUCGUAUGUGGACACCCUAUUGGAACUGCAGCUCCCGGAUGAGAAGAGAAAGCUGGAUGAAUGUGAAAUUGUGAGUUUGUGCUCGGAAUUUCUCAACGCCGGCACAGACACGACGUCAACUGCCUUGGAGUGGAUUCUUGCGAAUAUAGUGAAACAUCCACGCAUUCAAGAGAGGCUCCUGGCGGAGAUUAAAGGGGUUGUUGGUGGUGAUGGAGAUGAGGUCCAAGUCGAGGAGGUCAAAGAGGAGGAUUUGCACAAGAUGGCCUACCUCAAAGCUGUGAUCUUGGAAGGUCUAAGGCGUCACCCACCAGGACACUUUGUGCUACCACACGCAGUCACGGAGGACGUCGUUUUAGACGGCCAUUUGGUGCCCAAAGAUGGCUCUGUCAACUUCAUGGUGGCCGAGAUAGGAUGGGACCCCAACGUGUGGGAAGAUCCCAUGGCCUUCAAACCCGAAAGGUUCCUGAGAGAUGGUCGUGGUGGUGAUGCUGAUGCUGAUUGUUUCGAUAUAACAGGUAGUAGGGAGAUUAAGAUGAUGCCCUUUGGGGUCGGGAGGAGGAUCUGCCCUGGCUCUGGUUUGGCAAUUCUUCAUUUAGAGUAUUUUGUGGCCAAUUUGGUUUGGAAAUUUGAGUGGACCGCCGAUAAUGGAGAUGAGUUGGACUUGUCAGAGAAACAAGAGUUCACCAUGGUGAUGAAGAAUCCAUUGAAGGCACGCAUAUCUCCAAGGCUAAACAAGUCACCUUGAUAGGUACAUAUACAUAUAUCUGCUCUCGUUUCCUUGUGUUGUUAGAUGAAGGUUUACACAUUCCAUAUUCUAUGCAGCGUUACUAUUGAAAAAUUCAGAAGCUUUAGAAGUCAACAACUUCCAUUUUAUAGAUAGUAUAGUAGUACCUGUCGUUUUUCCAUAUUGCAAUGUGCAAAUAGUUUAUCGUAUUUAUGCUUAAAAUCAGGUUUUCAGGUCGAAUCAGUUGUAACAUAUCAAGUUUGUGAAGCAAUGGUGAUAACCUGUAUUUUAUUAAUCAACA